AGCGGAUGUGCAGCACGGAAUCUUAUCAGAGACGGACCGUCAGUCUGUAGGAAAGCUAGCGAAACGUUUACACGGAAGGGAGACUUUAGUUGGGUUAAAAGUCCAACUGACUCUAUAUUUGGUUAUUUUUGUUGCUUAAAACAUGUCCGGCAGACUGGCAGAUACACUGGGUUGAGUUUUUAAUGUGACUGAAUAAAAAUGGAAGCAAGGUUUAGCAGCGAAGUGGCGUCCAUAGUCGAAGUCGCUAUCCAGGCGGCCUUGUAUGUGUUCAGGGAUGUCUGGGCCAAAGAGGCGCCGAACUCGCAGUUGGAAGAGGCGAAGUCCGGAGAAAUCCUGGAGAUAGAGAAGUGUCUGGUGCUCCAGAUCCACAAGGUGUUCACUGAGUACUCCUCGGAGCUGUUCGAGGAGAACGAGGCUCUGCGGGCCAAGAUGGAGCAGCUGGAGGACGUGCUGCAGAAGAAAGCCGGGCAGCUGGAGCAGGAAUUGGAGGCCAGAGUCGGGCAGCUGGGCAAAGAUAUGGAGGAGCUGGAGCAGGAGCUGAAGAGCAUCAGUGACGUCGGCAGCAAGACCCCGGGAGGACCGACCCUCCUCCUGGUGCAGGACGCCUCUCUGAUAGGAGCCCCGGUGGUGUCGGUCUCCAGCAGCCCUGCUGCGCCGUUGGUGGCUGUGAAGGAACCUUCCUCUACCCCCCCUCCAGUUUCAGCAGUCAGCUCCACCGCUGCCCCUGUGUCCGUCUCUGAGCCUGAGCCUGCCCCCGUGGUGUCUGCUGGUGGCCCCCCCGCAGUACUGUUGGUGGGGGCCAGCCAAGUGGUCCCCCAGCUCCCUGCACCACCUACGACUGUCUCUGAAUCAGCGCUCCUCCUCAAAGCAGCGGCGUCGACGCCUCAACAAACCCCCCCCUCAGACUCAGCACAGGACAAGAAAUCUGUGGAAGAGGCACCUUCAGGCAGAACGAGGAGGACGAGGAGAGCCACUUAUAAGACUGAAGAAGCUUCCACUGACAACAGCGUCGAAGAGAAGAAAACCAACUCAAGUGGAGAGCCGGGAAAAAGGCUUAAAAGAAAAGAGACAGCAACGCGGUUUCCCUGUGAACAUUGUGACGCAGGUUUUAAUUGGAAAGGUGAAUUAAAGAAACACAUGAAGGUCCACAAGAAGCCUUUCCCUUGCGAGCAGUGUGGCAGGAGCUUCCUCGAAAAGAAGUCUCUGGAAAAUCACCUUUUGCGCCACGAGGCAAGCAAAGCCCCCCUGCCCUUCCCCUGCCCUCAGUGUAAGAGGUCGUACCGGAGAGAGGAGUCGCUCCAGAACCACCUCAAGCAUCACGAGCGCUCCAAACCGCCCAAGCCCUUCGCCUGCGAUCAGUGUGGCAAAACAUUCAGAAUCCAGCGCUCUCUGGAAAACCACCUGCUGCGCCACGACAAAUGGAAGCAGAUGUUGAAGUGCCAUCUUUGUGACAAGACGUGCAAGACAUCGGUCCAGCUGAGGUGUCACAUGGCCGUGCACUCGGAGGAGAGACCGUUCAGCUGCGCCACCUGCGGGAAGGAGUUCAAGAGCAAAGACACCCUCCGCUUCCACCAGAUGGUUCACUCCAACUCUAAAAAAUACAAGUGCACAAUGUGCGAGGAGACAUUCAAAUACGCCCACUCCCUGACCGUGCAUAAGAGGAAACACACAGGCGUCACCCCUUUCACAUGCACCGUGUGCAACAGGUCCUACAGGACGGGCACGGCUCUGAAGAGACACAGCGUGGUCCACACCGGGGAGAAGCCCUUCACCUGUCACAUCUGUGGAGCCAGGUUCAGCCUGAACAACAACCUGAAGAGGCACCUGCGCAUCCACACCGGGGAGAAGCCCUUCACCUGCUCCGAGUGCGGGAAGAGCUUCUCCGACAACAACAAGCUCAAGGCCCACAUGCUCAUCCACGGAGCCAGGAAGCCUUUCAUGUGCGAUCUGUGCGGGAAGACCUUCCUCUUCAACUGCCGGCUGCUGAUCCAUCAGAAGUACGUGCACGCUGACAGGAACGAGGACACGGACAGCACGCAAAGGUUUCUGCAGAAUAGAAAGAGAAACAAGUCCUUGAUUAAACCAUUCAGCUGCAAAGUAUGUCUCAGAGGUUUCAGCGCCGCGUGUUCCCUCAAACUCCACGAGAGAGGCCACAGCGAGAACAAGGAGUUCAACUGCGGCAUUUGUGGGAAGGCUUUCCACAACAAGUACUCUUUCGGGUAUCACCAGAGAAGCCACGCGGGGGAGAAGCCCUUCGUCUGUGACGUGUGCGGGAAGAGGUUUUUCCACACUGGCAGCCUGAAGCAGCACGAGCGGAUUCACACGGGCGAGAAGCCGUACAAAUGCGACCAGUGCGACAAGACCUUCAGAACAGACGGAAACUUCUACAGACACUUGAGGAUCCACACAGGCGAGAAGCAGUUUGAAUGUUUGUACUGUCACAAGAAGUUCCACCAGUCCAACCAGCUCAAGUCCCACAUGCAGGUCCACACCGGGGAGAAGCUGUACUCCUGCCAGCAGUGUGGCCGCGGCUUCUCCGAUUCAAGGCAGCUCAAGAAGCACAGCUGUGACGGGUCCUUUACCUUCUCUACUUCCAUUUCCGGAAUCGUUGCGGCUCUCCCCUAUCUGCGUUUUUGUUUUUGUCGGCUGCUAACUUUAAAUGCGAACAUGUCAGAGAACUUGGUGUUUUAUGCAGAAAUAAAGUCCAUCUUGGAGACAGUCAUUAGGACCUCUGUUGAUAUUGGACAUUCUAAAGAAAAAACCUCCACGAAAGGGGCUACCAUGAGACGGGAGCCAGAUUUUGACACCGUUGUGGAAAUGUUGGCACGGGAGGCAACGAGAAAGAUCGACGCCGUUUUCUCCCAACUGUCCUCAACACUGCACAACGAGAACCAGACCCUGCAGGCCAGAGUGGGGGGGCUGCAGAGCGAGCUGAAGACCACCCAGGAGAACUUUGAGAACGCCAGGAUGUGGAGAGAACACGUCCUGAGCGGCAGCCCCGUCCUGUUCCAGCAGAGCGGCCUCGUCUACACCCUGAAGCCUUCUGGGAAGUUGAAAACUAGAACAGAUCAAUUGACCGGGGACGGCCCAGAGACUGGACAUGAUGAAGGUGAAGAAGCAGCAAAGGAAGUGAAUUCUGAAGCUGAGUCCUCAGUGGCUAUUGGACAAGACAUUAAAGAGGAUUCUUCCACAACCAACACGGCAGAAUCCAAAACCCCUGAGAGCCAGAACACACAGGAAGCUGGAGUGAGAGGAAAAGGGAAGCAGUUUGUAUGUGAGGUCUGUACCAAGAGCUUCAGCCGGCAGUUCCACCUGAUGAAGCACAGGAACACUCACCAGGAGCAGAGGCCUUUCUCCUGCGACCAGUGCCCCAGGAGGUUCAGGAACACGGAGACGUUCGAGUACCACCUGCUGCGGCACGAGGAGAGGAAGUACGCCACCCUGAAGUGCCCGCUCUGUGAGAAGAUGUUCAAAACUCAAAUGCACUUGAAGACUCACCAGAUGGUGCACACGGACACGAGGCAAUUCACCUGCUCCACCUGCGAGAAGGCCUUCAAAACUAAACACGGCCUCCAGGCUCACCAGGUCGUUCACUCUGCUGAGAAACCGCACAAAUGCUCCGAGUGCGGAGAGGGCUUCAGGUACGCCUUCACGCUGCAGUGCCAUCAGAGCAUUCACACUGGGGAGCAUCCCUUCAAAUGCACAGUGUGUGGCAAAGCUUUUAUAAAGAGGAGGUCGCUCAGCGCACACCAGCGGGGCCACAGGGGGAAAAUGUUCACAUGUGAGACGUGUGGAGCGGGGUUCACUCUGCAGCACAACCUGAGGAGACACGUUCGUAUCCACACCGGAGAGAAACCCUUCAAAUGUAAAGUCUGUGGGAAGAGCUUCAUUCAGGACAACAGGCUCAAAUCACACAUGCUUCUUCACGGUGCCUCAAAGUCCUUCAUGUGUGACCUCUGUGGGAAGACCUUUCUGUACAACUGCCAGCUGCAGAAACACCAGAAAGCGACUCACGAUGAAAGGCACGGGCAGGUCGUCACGAGGCGCACUCGAGAGAAAGGGAACCGCAGAGUGAUCUACAGACGGGACAGAACCUCGGUGGACGUGACGCCCUUCAGCUGCAAGACCUGCCGCAAGGGCUUCGACUCGGCCGGUGCCCUGAGGAGACACGAGCAGAUUCACACCGGGCAGAGGCAGCACACAUGCCCCACAUGCGGAAAGUCCUUUUUCUACAAAGCCACGUACGACUACCAUCAGCGGAUCCAUACAGGAGAACGUCCGUUCGGUUGUGACGUGUGCGGGAAGAGGUUCAUCAUCCCUCAGGCCCUCAAGUCCCACAAACUGCAGCACUCCGGAGAGAAACCUCAUAAAUGUGAGCAGUGCGACAAGGCCUUCAGGAUCUACACCAACCUGCUCCGACACAUGAGGGUCCACACGGGGGAGAAGCCCUACGAGUGUGAGGUAUGCAGGGUGAGAUUCAGGCAGCUGGGACACGUGAAGUUUCACAUGCAGGUCCACACCAGAGAGAGGCCGUACUCCUGCAGCAGCUGUGGACUCGGGUUUUCAGACUCAAGGCUGCUAAAGAGACACACCUGUGCUGAGAAACACCAGAACACUUCAGGGAACUCACUUGCUACGUCCUAAAAACAGAGCACGUCAUUUUUCUUACUUACAGUGUGAUUUCCUUCAGGAUAAAAACCCAGUAAUAAAAUGUAUUGGAUAUUUAAAUAAAUACAAGGGUAAAACCUGCAUAUAUUGCACAACUUGGAGUGUUAGCUGAAUUUAUUGGUUGUGAUAUGGGAUUUUAUUUGUUCUGCCUAAAGAAAAUCCUUUUUAAAUGUUGUUCAGGAGUGUCAGCAGCAAAAUCAGACCGUGAAGAGAAAGCUUGAAGUGUGUGAUCAAAUCAAGAUACAGCCAACAGAUUAACCUAAGUAAUAUUAUUUUAAAUAAAGGUUGUUUAAAAUGAUAUGAUUAGUCUUUAAUUGCAAAACAGCAAAGCUCUUUGAAAAAAAAAUGAUGUCAUGAUGAAAAAUGAAUCAAGACGUUGAUUUUUUAGAGUAAAUGAUUCAAACCUGAUAGCUAGAGGGAAACCAACAAUCACACUGUACAAAGCAAAUCAGAUGUUUGUUUCCUUAAUACAUGUAAAUACAAAAUGUUGGAGUUUAUUUUGAAAGUAAUAACCGGAAUAUCUCCAUACUGAUGACACUGUAAUUGUUUGUCAUCUACUCUGGUAAUGAUUGGGUUAAAGUUCCUCACUGUGACCACCGAAGGACAGUAAACACCAACCCUCACUUUAACCUUUAACUCCUUGACUUUAAUAACAUAUUUUCUAACUAACUAUAAA